AUGCCGUUCAUUGAGUUGUAUAUUGAGUUUGAGCAAUUUGAGGCCGACCGAAAUAUCGAACGGGAAGAUUACAUUAGUAACAGUGAAGAAGAGUUUGAAAGCAAUUACGAAGUUGUUGGUCCAGAGGGAGACGAAGUUCAAGGUGAUGGCACUAUGGAGGCAAAUGUGACAGACGUGGAAAAUGCAUUGGCAAACGACCAUCCGUUUGAGGAACCAUCUUUCAUGCGAGCGUUGGAUUUGGAAGCCAUGCAUGCUCCGGAGUUUCCUCAAUAUAUGAAUGCAAAUGGUGAAUUUUCCAUGGAAAUAGAAUUCAGUUCCAGGGAAGCUGUUAUUAUGGCGAUGAAAGAUUAUACUAUUCGAAGAGGUGUAGACUACAGAGUGUAUGAGUCGGAGCCGCUGACCUUUUAUGCCAAGUGUACGCAGUAUGGAUCAGGCUGUGAUUGGCUUAUCAGGGUUAGCAUGAUCAGCAGAAAGUACUGUUGGGUUAUAAGGAGGUAUAAUGGUAGUCACACUUGUACCAGAGCAACCAUUUCUCAGGAUCAUUCGAAGCUGGAUUCAAACACUAUUGCAGAAGCGAUAAAGCCGUUGGUUGAGGCUGACCCCUCGAUAAAGGUGAAAUCAGUUAUUGCGGAAGUGCAGUCAAAGUUCAAUUACACCAUCAGCUAUCGGAAAGCAUGGUUGGUAAAGCAAAAGUCAGUGAAAAAAAUUUUUGGAGGUUGGGAAGCAUCGUACGAAGCUUUGCCCAUAUGGUUUGAGGCAAUGUGUCAUAAGGAGCCAUCAGCAGUCGUCCAUUUUGAGACUAUGCAUGCAUAUCAAGGUGAUGACUUGGUUAUUGAUAUCCGGGUGUUGCAUCGAGUCUUCUGGAGUUAUUACCCAUGUAUUAGAGCAUUCAGACAUUGUAAACCCGUUGUCCAGGUAGAUGGGAUCCACUUGUACGGAAAGUAUAAGGGUUGUCUGUUGGUUGCAGUUUCACAGGAUGAUAACAACAAUAUCGUCCCAAUUGCAUUUGCUAUUGUGGAGGGAGAGACUUCUGAUGCAUGGCACUUUUUUCUUAGUAACCUGCGACAACAUGUGGUGACUCGAGAUGGUGUGGGACUGAUCUCUGAUCGACAUGAAUCCAUCAAUGCAGCUGUGGCCCGCAGUAACGGAACUUGGUCGCCUCCCAGAGCCUUCCACAUGAUUUGCAUCAGGCAUAUAAAGUAG